AUGACUGGAGAGGGUCCCUCAUUGGCAGUCGGUGGACCUCCACUAAUGAAAAUAUCUGGAUCCGCAAAAGGAUUUUUAUUCCAGGUUAUCUUAUUGAUUUGUGUUAUGCCACUUAUGGUAACGGGACAGAAAUCCUGCUCCAGAAAUGCUGAUCUCAUGAAAAGUAUUCAAUACCAGCUUAAACUCGUUGAGGACAAUGAGGGGAAAUGUGAUUGUAAAGGAAGAGAUGAAGUACAAGAAAAAGUGGCGUUUAUGGUUAAAAAUUCAGCUGAGUUACAAAACAUCCCUUCGAAAUCAGUUGUAGUUUACAAUACAGUUAUUACCAAUUUAGGCAACGGAUACGACUCAUCUACUGGAAUAUUCAAGUCUCCUUCAAAUGGUGUUUACAUAUUUUCCUGGACAGCCCUUUGUCAGUAUGGCAAAUACUUUCGUACUUAUCUCGAUCUCAACGAACACCUAAUUGCCAGAAACUUUGCAGGAGCACGGAAUGUAAGAGAUCACGCAUCGGGAAGUCAGAAUGUUGUAAUUGAAGUAAAAAAAGACGAUAAAAUAUCAAUAAGAAUCGAAGAUGGUUUUACCGGAAAGUUCAUGUUUGGAAGUAGUUGGUCAACUUUCAGCGGUUAUAAACUAUAA